AUGAUCGCUUGGGUCGGGGAGUUGUCGGAUGGUUCCCUUAGGAUGGCUGAGCGGUAUUCCCUAGCCACCGCUUCCAGCAGUUUAUCGAAGACCUACUGGCUUUGUGGACAAGGAUGAUCUCUUCUGUUGUUCGGCUGUCAAGACCAUCUGCCCGAAGGGGGCGGAGGUUUAAGGCAUAUCCUAAUGAAGACCUCCACCGCCUCUUCAAUUUGCCCAACACCUGAGCCCGUCUUUAAAUUACAAACAAUUGGUGAGGAUUUCUGCGGUCUGGAUGUCAAUACACCUCUUGGAGGAGAAACGCCAAUGACAGUAGUUCCUGUACUGUUAGUAAAUCAGCAUCUUACAGCAGUUGCAGCUACUUCUACUGGAGAUUAUACUGUAGUAUUCCUUGGUACAGCAAAUGGCCGUCUAAAAAAGGUUGUCGUAGAAAGUUCAACAUCUGCUAUAGAAUAUGGCAAUGAUCUGGUUAAUGAAAAUUCUCCUGUAAAUGCUGAUUUACACUUUGAUUCUCAAAUGAUGCAUUUGUAUGUAAUGACAGAAAGACAGGUUGCCAAAGUCAAGGUUCAGGACUGCAGUGUUUAUAAUACUUGUUUGGAUUGCCUUGGAGCCAAAGACCCAUACUGUGGAUGGUGUUCACUGGAAAAUAAAUGCAGCUUAAAGAGUGAUUGCCAGGAUGCUGGAAAGGACGUUCUGUAUUGGAUUUCUUAUAAAAGUGGUAAAUGUACCACCAUCACUUCAGUUGCACCUUAUCAAAUACAAAGAACAACAGCAAGAACGCUUGAUUUAGUGAUUGAAAAUCUUCCUUCACUUUCCGGGCAGUUUUUAUGUGCCUUCACUGCAUUAGAUAAAACUCUUACAACUCCAGCUACUCGAAAAGCUACAGGAGCAUCAGGUGUGAACUGUACAACACCUAGGACUGAUCUUCUGCCACCUAUCCCGCCUGGGCAACAUCAUUUCACUGCAAAAUUGUCUGUCAGGAUGACUUCAGGUCCAGAUUUUGUUGAGACAAACUUCACGUUUUUCGACUGCAACACUUAUAUUUCAUGUACUCAAUGUGUGUCGUCUGCUUUUCCAUGUGACUGGUGUGUUGAUGGACACAGAUGCACUCAUGAUACUGCUGAAAAUUGUCGUAAUGAUAUUUUAGUAACUGGUGUUAGUAGAAUUGGACCAAGCUAUCGCAGUGGACCUGGUUUUUGUCCCACAAUUAAUGCUACUCAGGGUGGUUCUACUGAAAUUUUAGUUUCAUCAGGUGUAAAAAAGGGCUUGCGUGUUAAAGUGCAUAUUAUUGGACAAUUUAUUGUUCAAACACGAUUUGUCUGCCAGUUUAAUAUUGAAGGCCGGGUCACUAGUGUAAAUGCGAAUAUUUUAGGAGAUAUUAUUUAUUGUGAGCCUAUGGAAUUCUCAUAUACAUCUCGAGCUCCAAACAUUACUGCAACAUUUGCUGUUAUUUGGGGUGGUUCCAAACCCCUUGACAAUCCAGACAAUAUUCAUGUUGUCAUUUACCGUUGCCGUGAUAUGGCUGAUAAUUGUGGAAUGUGUUUAGCAUUAGGAGAAAAAUUUGGUUGUGGUUGGUGUCAAAGUUCUGAUAGAUGUGAAGUUCAAGAACAAUGUGAUCGUAAUGGAGGAUCUGUAUGGUUAAAUCGUAAUACUACUUGCCCCAAUCCUGAAGUAACUUCAUUCUCACCUCAGCUUGGACCUUGGGAGGGUGGCACCAACAUCACUAUUACAGGAAUCAAUCUAGGAAAAACAUUUAAAGAUAUUUACAGUGGUGUAAGUGUUGCUGGGAUCCCAUGUGAACCAUAUGAAGAGCUGUAUGAGAAAACCAAGCAGAUUGUUUGCAGAGUUGAUGGACCUGGCACUCCAGAUUUAAGAAGAGGUCUUGUAGUUGUAAAAGUUGAAGAUUUUCGAGGAAAUUCAAAACAAGAAUAUAAAUUUGUUGAUCCUAAUAUUACUGAUAUUUUUCCUAAUUUUGGUCCAAUGUCUGGUGGAACUCAUCUUACUAUAAUGGGUAGAUAUAUGAAUGCAGGAAGUUCAAUCAGGGCAUUUAUUGAUGAGCUACCCUGUCAAAUCAUUAAAACUGAACCCAAUUCAACAGUAUGUGUUACUAGUGCAUCCAAACAUCAAAGAAAAGGUACUUUAAAAAUGAAAUUUGAUGAAGGUGAUAGGCCAUUUGACAAGAAAUUUUUUGAGUAUAUUGAAGAUCCCGAAAUUGACUCUGUUGAAUCAGGUGUAACAGCUGGACAGGGACAGCAUUUGGAUAGAGCAUGCCAGGAACUGGAUGUAGUUGUUCGUAUAGGAAGUAGUUAUUGUAAUGUUACAUCAUUAUCAAGGCAACAACUUACUUGUCGUCCUCCAGUGGAGCAACCUCCUGUUCUUGAAGAUAACACAAACCCUGAAGAAGAUACCUUACCUCAAGUGAUAGUAAUAGCAUAUAGGAGAAAAUCAACAGAAAGUAAUAGAGUGCUGAAAAAUAUGCAAGAACAAAUGGACAUUUUAGAAUUACGAGUAGCUGCGGAAUGUAAAGAAGCUUUUGCUGAAUUACAAACUGAAAUGACUGAUUUGACGCAAGAUUUGACUGCUGGAGGUAUUCCAUUCCUAGAUUACAGAACUUAUGCUUUGAAAACUUUGUUUCCGAAUAUGGAAGAUGUUGUUCUUCAGUGGGAACGUCCAGAAUUGAUGAGACAAGAGAAGGGUUUACGCUUUUUUGGAUCUCUAAUAUUAAAUAAGACGUUCCUUUUAUUGUUUAUUAGAACUCUUGAAAGUAACCGAUAUUUCUCUAUGAGAGAUAGAACGGAAAGUGUAGCAGAAAAAAUGUUAUCCGCUUGGUUCACCUUCCUGCUCUAUAAAUUCUUGCGUGAAUGUGCAGGAGAACCACUUUACAUGCUUUUUCGAGCCAUGAAACAUCAAGUAGAUAAGGGUCCUGUUGAUGUCAUUACUUCUGAAGCUAGGUACUCAUUGAGUGAAGAAAAACUUAUCCGUCAAUCUAUUGAUUUUAAACCAAUGACUGUAUAUGUUUCUAUUUCACAACAGACAGUUUUUGUCACUGGGCUAGACCCAAACACAGAAAAUGUUCCAGUUAAAGUUUUAGACUGUGAUACUAUAUCACAAGUUAAAGAAAAAGCAUUAGACACUAUUUACAGAGCAACUCCUUAUAGUCAAAGACCUAGAAAAGAUGAUUUAGAUGUUGAAUGGAGAACGGGUACUUCUGGCAGGUUAAUUCUGUAUGAUGAAGAUAGUACAACUAAAACAGAAGGGGAAUGGAAGAAAAGAAAUACUCUUAAUCAUUAUCGUGUACCUGAUAUGGCAUAUCUUAAUCUAGUCUCUAAGCAGUCGUCUAUUUAUAAUUUAUCCAUAUUGUCUGAGAAGACAGAAAAAUCACAUAAAUAUGAAACUUUGAACUUAUCAAAAUUUAGCUCAGCUAGUCCACCUUUAAGCAGAGCGACUUCUCCCCUAAAUAAUGAUCAAGAUGGAGGACUUAAGGUCUGGCAUCUUGUUAAACACCAUGAUUCUGAUGCUCAGAAAGAAGGUGAAAGGGGAAACAAAAUGGUUUCUGAAAUCUACCUUACCAGGCUUUUAGCUACAAAGGGUACACUUCAAAAGUUUGUUGAUGAUCUCUUUGAGACAAUCUUUAGUACAGCACACAGAGGGAGUGCAUUGCCUUUAGCAAUUAAAUAUAUGUUUGAUUUCCUUGAUGACCAAGCUUUACAACAUGGAAUUACUGAUCCAGAAGUAGUUCAUACUUGGAAAAGUAACAGCCUUCCUUUAAGGUUUUGGGUAAAUUUAAUAAAGAACCCAAAUUUUGUCUUUGAUAUACAUAAAUCAAAUAUUGUUGAUUCUUGUUUAUCAGUAGUUGCUCAGACAUUCAUGGAUUCCUGUUCAACUUCUGACCACCGACUUGGUAAAGACUCUCCUAGUUCCAAACUUCUUUAUGCUAAGGACAUUCCAGUUUAUAAAGAGUGGGUUGAAAGGUAUUAUGCUGAUAUUAAAGCUAUGCCAGCAAUAUCAGAUCAAGACAUGGGAGCAAUGCUUGCUGAAGAAUCAAGGUUGCAUUCCUCAGAAUUUAAUACUAACUGUGCACUGUAUGAACUGUACACAUAUGCAAUGAAAUAUAAUGAACAACUAACAGUCACUCUUGAAGAAGAUGAGUUUUCACAAAAACAAAGACUAGCCUAUAAAUUGGAGCAAGUUCAUAAUUUAAUGAUACCAGACUCUCAUCCAUAA